AUGACUGAUGAUGAUGAUGAUGAUGAUGAUGAUGAUGAUGAUGAUGAUGAUGAUGAUGAUGAUGAUGAUGAUGAUGAUGAUGAUGAUGAUGAUGAUGAUGAUGAUGAUGAUGAUGAUGAUGAUGAUGAUGAUGAUGAUGAUGAUGAUGAUGAUGAUGAUGAUGAUGAUGAUGAUGAUGAUGAUGAUGAUGAUGAUGAUGAUGAUGAUGAUGAUGAUGAUGAUGAUGAUGAUGAUGAUGAUGAUGAUGAUGAUGAUGAUGAUGAUGAUGAUGAUGAUGAUGAUGAUGAUGAUGAUGAUGAUGAUGAUGAUGAUGAUGAUGAUGAUGAUGAUGAUGAUGAUGAUGAUGAUGAUGAUGAUGAUGAUGAUGAUGAUGAUGAUGAUGAUGAUGAUGAUGAUGAUGAUGAUGAUGAUGAUGAUGAUGAUGAUGAUGAUGAUGAUGAUGAUGAUGAUGAUGAUGAUGAUGAUGAUGAUGAUGAUGAUGAUGAUGAUGAUGAUGAUGAUGAUGAUGAUGAUGAUGAUGAUGAUGAUGAUGAUGAUGAUGAUGAUGAUGAUGAUGAUGAUGAUGAUGAUGAUGAUGAUGAUGAUGAUGAUGAUGAUGAUGAUGAUGAUGAUGAUGAUGAUGAUGAUGAUGAUGAUGAUGAUGAUGAUGAUGAUGAUGAUGAUGAUGAUGAUGAUGAUGAUGAUGAUGAUGAUGAUGAUGAUGAUGAUGAUGAUGAUGAUGAUGAUGAUGAUGAUGAUGAUGAUGAUGAUGAUGAUGAUGAUGAUGAUGAUGAUGAUGAUGAUGAUGAUGAUGAUGAUGAUGAUGAUGAUGAUGAUGAUGAUGAUGAUGAUGAUGAUGAUGAUGAUGAUGAUGAUGAUGAUGAUGAUGAUGAUGAUGAUGAUGAUGAUGAUGAUGAUGAUGAUGAUGAUGAUGAUGAUGAUGAUGAUGAUGAUGAUGAUGAUGAUGAUGAUGAUGAUGAUGAUGAUGAUGAUGAUGAUGAUGAUGAUGAUGAUGAUGAUGAUGAUGAUGAUGAUGAUGAUGAUGAUGAUGAUGAUGAUGAUGAUGAUGAUGAUGAUGAUGAUGAUGAUGAUGAUGAUGAUGAUGAUGAUGAUGAUGAUGAUGAUGAUGAUGAUGAUGAUGAUGAUGAUGAUGAUGAUGAUGAUGAUGAUGAGUGA